AGACAAGUUCUAAAUCCGCUUCACUCUCUGUCUUUCAUCGUUACUCUUGCUUGAGAACAUCAUGGGCAAAAUCAAGAUUGGAAUCAACGGAUUCGGAAGGAUUGGGCGUUUGGUGGCUAGAGUGGCUCUUCAGAGCGAUGAUAUUGAACUCGUCGCUGUUAAUGAUCCAUUCAUCACCACCGAUUACAUGACCUAUAUGUUUAAGUAUGAUAGUGUUCAUGGUCAAUGGAAAAAAAAUGAGCUUAAGGUUCAGGAUUCUAAGACCCUUCUCUUUGGUGACAAACCCGUCGCAGUCUUUGGUAUGAGGAACCCAGAGGAAAUCCCAUGGGGUGAAGCUGAAGCUGAAUAUGUUGUUAAGUCCACUGGAGUUUUUACUGAUAAGGACAAAGUUGCUGCCCAUUUGAAGGGUGGUGCAAAGGAGGUUGUCAUUUCUGCUCCAAGUAAGGAUGCUCCCAUGUUUGUUAUGGGUGUCAAUGAGAAGGACUACAAGCUAGAUAUUGAUAUUGUUUCCAAUGCUAUCAACAAACCAUUAACAUUAUCAAUAUCUAGCAUUGGAAACAUUAUUAUACCCAGUGUGUUAGUGUUCCCCUUCAAUUACUAUGCAUUUGUCUACACCAUUAACAUUUGUUGUAUACAGUUUUUAUUUAUUUAUUUUUAUUAUUAUUAUUAUUUUUUAAUGGUUAAUUGAUGGAAUGCUUUCAAUAUA